AUGAGUGAAGACGAAGGCGAGGACGCGUAUCAUUUGCGCUCGUUUGCGCGUGACGUGGCAGUGCCGCACUGCUGCUUGUACAAGCCUGCCGUCGAGCGCAACCCGACGGCGACACUCGGUAGCAUUGCCGUGCCUUCGUGGCCGCUACCGACGGAGACCCUCGCGGCGCUGACGACCACGUACGCUGGCCUCAUCCCAGCCAAGGACGUCGUCUUCCGUGGCUUCUACGACAUUACGAGGCAUGAGGUCAUGGCCGAGUCCUUCCUCCUCGGCCAGCUCGACCCCGAGCAAAACGAGUACGACGAGCAACUCGAGUUUGGCAAGACACUGGCCCAUUUUGCCAUCGAUACGACCGGUGACGCGUCGACGUUGACGCUGACAUCCAUGCAAGCGCCACCCCACACCUUUGCCACGGUUGUCUACUUUUUCCCGUCCAACUGCGUCGGUGGCGCCAUCACGAUCUCACACGGCCACCGGACAACGACGUACGAGGCACUCGACCGGCGCUUUCUCUCGUUCUACAGCACGUGUGACGUGACCGUGGCGCCCAUCACGUCCGGGCACCGGUCUUUUGCCGUGUAUUAUGCCACGUACGACUUAGACGAUGACGACUCGGACGACUACGGGCCCACGCCCAAGUAUGCGCCACCGCCGCUGCCAACGAUCCCAGAGCUCCAGGAGGCUUCCCGCAACUACGCUCGCUAUGACGCUAUUGCUGUCACGAUCCGGCUCGAGACACGUAGUUUGACGCCGACACGUCUUUGA